AACCCACCAUCUCCUACCUUGUUUCCUCACCCCUUUCUCCUGUUAUCUUUAAGCAUCCUCUCAAUCCACAAAUGGCUUCCGCUGACGUUGAGUACAGAUGUUUCGUCGGUGGCCUCGCAUGGGCCACAACUGACCGCUCACUUGAAGACGCGUUCCGUCAAUACGGCGAAGUCCUCGAUUCGAAGGUCCGUUUGUCGCAAAGUUCGGAUUCGGAUCCAUCCUGAUUCGGCUUUGUUUGACAAAUCACAUGUUACUGUGUUACUGUUACUGUUACUAUGGUUUACUUGAUCUGUUACUAUUACUGUUACUACUUUUACUCAUAUCUAAAACGAUCAUCAAUGAUCGGGAGACUGGCAGAUCUAGAGGAUUCGGUUUCGUUACCUUCAAAGACGAACAAUCUUUGAGGGACGCUAUUGAAGGGAUGAACGGCCAGAGUUUAGAUGGACGGAACAUAACCGUGAAUGAGGCACAGUCGCGCAGCGGUGGCGGUGGCGGUGGUGGUGGACGUCGUGAAGGUGGGUACGGUGGUGGACGCCGUGAAGGUGGGUAUGGUGGAGGUGGUGGUGGUGGUUAUGGAGGUGAGAGGCGUGAGCGUGGAUAUGGCGGUGGGUAUGGUGGUAGUGGACGUGACGGUGGAUAUGGUGGGAAUGAUGGUGGGUCUCGUUACUCCAGGGGUGGUGGUGAUUCUGAAGGAAAGUGGUGAAGUGUUAGGUUAGAGUGUUGAAUUGUAGAUUAUCGGGAUCUGUUUAAGUUAUUUUUACUUGUGGUUGUGUUGUGUUCAAUGUUUUUGACCUGUUCUCCUCGGUUGUUCUCGGUUGCUAUGUUCGAAUUUUAGAUUAGGUUGAAGUUUUAAUGAAAAAGAAAAUGGUUCCGGUA